AUGUUGUUAUUUUCUUUGAGGGAACAAUGGAUUCUCGAUAAACAAGAUAUACUGCGUAUGCGCGGUGAUGACUUGAAGUGCAUCACAGAAGAUGAAUACACCAAAUUAAUGAUAUUCUUCUGCAACUUUAUUCAUGCCAUUGGCAUGGAUUCUCAGUUGCCACAUAAAACAAGAAUGCAAGUGAUUGCAUCCGCGUGUGUUUAUUUUAGGCGUUUUUAUGCCAGACGUUCGUUGAAAGAUAUCGAUCCAUUUCUUUUGGCACCAACAUGUCUCUUUCUUGCAUCGAAGGUUGAAGAGCACGGUAUGAUGUCACAUAACAAACUCAUUCAAGCUACUAAUAGCGCUUUGAAGCGUUGGCCAUUUAUUCAGCAAGAGCUAAUGAUACGUGUGCAGCACAUUCAAGAAGCUGAAUUCUUUCUUCUGGAGAUUAUGGAUUGCUGUUUAAUUGUUUAUCAUCCAUACAGGCCACUGAAUCAAUUAAUGGCGGAGUUGGUAAGGGAUCACAAGGACUUAGAUGCGCUUUCAGCAAAUGCAUGGAGAAUCUGUAAUGAUACGACCAGGACUGAUUUAUCACUUAUGUAUCCACCGCAUCAAAUUGCUAUCGCAUGUAUCUUAAUCGCAUCAAUAUGGACGAAUCAUGAUAAAGAACUGAAGAACUGGUUCGCUGAACUGGCUGUUGAUUUUGAAAAGAUAUUAGACAUACAAAAGAUAAUAUUGAAUUUGUACAGCGUCUGGAAAUCAUUCGAUGAGAAAGAGCAAUUAGUUGCCAUUCUACAAAAGAUUCCACGACCGAACCCGGGCCCUCAGCAAUCAUCGCAACAACAGUCUCAUCAACAUCAGCAAUCUCAGCAGCAAAACACAUCAAGUGGUCUUGUACAGUCACACUCUCACACAAAUUUAUCAUUGAAUAUGGCACAUCAGAGUAUGAAUAUGGGCCCUCCUCAAAUACCGUCCUCAGCCAAUAUCAAAUUUGAGACGCAUUAA